UUUUGGAGUUUCGAGGCUGUUCGGCGUGCAUUGGUAGAGCGCCGGGAAAGUUUUUCGGUUAAAAUUGAAAAUGAGUGUUUUACCUGAAAUAAAGGCCGAGGCCUUAUCAUUAGUCCAUCAAUUCCUUGUAACUAUUGAUAAAUCGCUUGCUGACAAAUUUGCAACAAAGACUAAAGCGAAACCACGAGCUAAGAACUUACCUUCCCUUACAGAUAUUAUUAUAUCCUUUAAAAAGGGACAAAAUAAACCAACACAAAAAAAACAAGCAGAAAGUUCUGAUGAUUCCAGUGAAGAAGAGAAACCUAAAAAGCCUAAUCUAAACAAUUCAAAUGGUCCUGUUCAAACAAAGAAGCAGGAAUCUUCAGACAGUUCUGAAGAUGAAAAACCACCUACAAAGGUAAAUUCAAUUGCUAAUCAAAAACAAGUUAAAAAAAAAGAAUCAUCAGAUAGUGAGAGUAGUGAAGACAAUGCUACUUCGAAACCGAAAAAGCAGCCUGUUAAGCCUCAAGUUAUUAAUGCUGCCAAAACUAACAAGAAAAAGGAAUCUUCAGAUAGUUCAGACAGCAGUGAAGAUGAAAAGUCUAAAGCACCGAAGACAGUUACAAAACAGACUCCUGUAACAAAAGCUACACCUCAAAAACCUGUUGCUAAAAAACCAGAAACCAGUGACAGUGAUGAUAGUAGUGAUGACGAAAAAACUAAAAAGCCAGUUCAAAAACCUGCAGUGGCAGCCAAGCCUCCUUCUAAAGCUACCCCAGGUAAGAAGCAAGAAUCAUCUUCUGAUGACAGCGAUAGUAGUGAUGAUGAAAAAACUAAGGCAAAUUCUACUAAACCUACUCCAGUCAAAGUCAACCAAACUAAACCUCCAGUAACUAAACCAGCACAACAAUCCAAAAGACAAGACUUGUCUACUGAUAGUGAUGAUAGCAGUGACGAGGAACCAAAGAAAACUACAAAGCCAGUUGCAAAACAGUCAGUUACACCUGCUAAAUCUAAGCCCAAAGCCAAAGCUGAAUCUUCAGAUGACAGUGAUGAUUCAGAAGAUGAAAAGCCAAAACCUGUUCAAAAAUCAGCUACAAAAGCUGCAGGUACACCUGCAAAGGUUGCUGUUAAGGUUCCAAUAGUUAAAAAGCAGGAAUCAUCAUCUGAUGAAGAGAGUAGUGAUGAUAACAAGUCUAAGUCAAUUGGUAUCCAUAAACCUCCAACACCUGCUGCUAAGCCUUUGAAUAAUAUUAACAAGAAACCUGAAUCGUCAUCAUCAGAUGACAGUGAUGAUAGCAAUAGCGCCAAAAAAACGGCACCAUCUAAAGCUGCAAAACCAGUUGUAAAAGCAGUCCCUACAUCAAAAAAAGAAUCAUCUUCAGAUGAUGACAGUGACGAAGAACCGCCAAAACCAACAAAAACAACACCCAAAUCUCAACCAGCAACUAAAGUUGCUAUUAAGAAAAAGUCUUCUUCAGAAGAUAGUGACGAUAGCAGUGAAGACGAAAAACCUAAAAAAACUGUAAAGCCCACAAAACCUGUAGCCAACAAUACUAAAAAUACAAAGAAAUCCUCAUCUGAAGAUAGUGAAGAUAGCAGUGAUGAUGAACCUAAACAAAAACCUAAAAAAGCUGAGCCCAAUGAUGAAAGUGAUGAUAGCGAUGACGAACCUCCAGCUAAAGUACAGAAAAAGGAAUCAAAACAGCAAAAUGAAACUGGUAAGAAAAGAAAAUUCUCUGGAAGUGAGGACCCGACUCCAGCUAAAAAGCCAUACAGCAAUUUUGUAAAGGAGGGUGAAAAUGGAGAAAAUGAAGAUGGCGAUGAUGAAAACAAUCAAUCCGGUGGUUGGCAAGAUCGCGGGCGCGGAGGUUUCAAUCGAGGAGGAUUCCGCGGUCGCGGUGGCUUUAAUGAUCGGGGCGGGCGGGGAGGAUUUAGGGGUCGUGGUGGUUUCAAUGAUAGAGGAGGGCGAGGUGGUAGAGGGGGAAGGGGAGGAUUCGACAGAGGUGGUCGGGGUGGAUUUGACAGAGGAGGGCGUGGCGGAUUUGACAGAGGUGGUCGUGGUGGCGAUAGGGGUGGCAGGGGCAAUAGAGGUGGACGAGGAGACCGCCACUCGUGGGGCGGUGACAGGGGAGGAUUCCAAAAGGGGGGGGGCUUUAAUGAUAGAAAAAGUUUUGAGGGAGGAGAUAAUAACUCCCAAAAUAAAAAAAUAGUAUUUGAAUAAAUAGAGUGGAGCUCGAGGAUCGUGGGGUGAGCGAGCCAAUGAAGAUUUGAAACGCACGCGCGGCAAAUCUUUCAAACAUGAGAAAACUAAGAAAAAGCGAGGCGCAUACCGUGGUGGUGCCAUCGACACGAGCGUCCAUUCCAUCAAGUUUGACGAUUGAUGUUUACUGACUAGUUUUUUAUCUGUCAUUUAAAAAAUAUUCCAUAUGACCCAACAAGAAAGCGAACAUAAAAUACUUAUCCUUUGUGAUCAAAUAUGAAAUAACGUUAGUAAAUUCGCCACUUGCAUUAUGACGGUCAUGUUUAUCCAGUAAGAAUUUCAUAGCUAGUGUUUAAUGUUUGUAAGUCAUUAAUUAGUAGGGAAUAUUUUGACUUACUGAUUUUUAAUUGUAGUUCUUAAUCUUUCUGUCUAUUUAAGUGUUAAAUUUAUUUCGCCUCAUUUUUCAAUUAUAACUGACAGUAUCAUAGACUUAGUGUUAAUCUUUCUUUCUAUUGUUCAGGUGAGAUGCCUUACAAAUUUCAAUGUAGCGCUAUGCGGUGUUGUGUACAAUUAUAACAUUCUUAAUAAUUUCAGCAUUCUAAUAAUAUUAUUAAAAUAAAAAUACGUAUGGUUUUACAAGGCGAUGUUGACAUUUACAAGCAAAGUGUAAAUAAGUUAAAAUAAAAUGCAGUUAUUGCAAAAAUAAACUACGUUAUUUUGUACAUAAGCUUAAUGUUACUAUAAUUAAGUAAAAAUGUAGGUAUUUGUUUAUUUUAUAUAAGCGAAUGAUAUUUUAGUUGAUGUAAGACCGCCUUUAAAAUACGACAAUGUGUUUUAAAUAAAUUGAUUUGUCUAA